GUGUGUGAGAGAGAGAAUUUCUACCCCGAGUGAUCAAAUACUCGCAGCGCACAACCGCUGGAGCACAUCUGUGCGAACUUCGAGGGUUUCUCCUUGUCUCUGCUGCGAGAACAUGCCGAGGAAGACAAACUUUUCUCCGUAUCGACUGAGAGUUUUGCACUUGUGAAACUUUUUGCUGCAACCGCUGUGGGAAGAUUAAACGACUGUGAAACUUUUCGGGUCGUCCCGCUUCACCAUAAAAGCUGAAACUUCCUGUCAUUCCUGGAAUUCUCCAUAUCCACUUCAUCUGUCAGUCAUGGGCAGUAAGACACUCCCAGCACCCGUGCCCCUUCAUCCCUCUCUGCAGUUGGCAAACUAUUCCUUCCUUCAGACCUCAAACGGGCUACAUCUGCCUGCUGACCAAAUGCCAAGCAUCUACAGUUUCAGUGCCCUCCAUGCUGUCCACUUACACCAGUGGACUCUGGGCUACCCACCCUUCACUUUGCCACGCUGCACCUUCUCCAAGUUGCCUGGCCUGGUGGAUGCCCGUUUUCCUCUACCCACAAUCCCUCUGUUCCCCCACCUCAUCCAGCCUGGCAAGCAGGAGUACCUUGGAAGAUGUUCUGAAGUGUCUUCCAAGAACAAACCCCGUUUUGACUUUGCAAACCUAGCAGCGGCUGCCACGCAGGACGACGCCUUGAAGGCGGAAGAUCUGAGCACUAAUGGGGGGCAUGUGCGUUCGCCCUCGUUAGGCUGCCUGCUGGAUGUGGCCAAGCUCUCCUCACCGGAAAGAAAGCCCAGCCGUGGACGACUCCCAUCCAAGACAAAAAAGGAGUUUGUGUGCAAGUUCUGCGGCCGCCACUUCACCAAGUCCUACAAUCUGUUGAUCCACGAGCGCACACACACAGAUGAGCGGCCCUACACUUGUGACAUUUGUCAUAAGGCCUUCAGGAGGCAGGACCACUUGAGAGACCACAGGUACAUCCAUUCCAAAGAGAAGCCAUUUAAAUGCCAAGAGUGUGGGAAGGGUUUCUGUCAGUCCAGAACUCUUGCUGUCCACAAAACAUUACACAUGCAAGUCAAGGAGCUUAAACCAGCAAAAAUAAAGUGAAGGCAUCUGCCUCAAUCAACAGGGACGCUGUAAAAUCAACCCUAGAGAUACGCCAGCCAAUUACAUUGUCAUUCCAAGGCCACAGAGAGUACAUUUAAGGUCCUGUGGACUUGUGCACAUGGCUUAACACACCAAAGAUGGAUUAGUCCUGACCAAAGAGCUUACUGAAGUGGCACCAUUCCAUAACCUACAUCCAUGAUGCCUUAAUGUUUGACUGAUACAACAGAAUGGAGAUAGGAAGUCACGGAACUCAGCAGAAGCUAUUACAUGGAUAUAAGUAUGUCACAUUUAUUUGUUUAGAAAAGAACAAAAAACCAAGACAGAUAAAUCCAGAGCACCAACACCAAUGAGGACAGCUAUUGUGAAAUAUGUGAUUUUAGUCUGCACUGCUCCAUUCUGAAUGAUUGGUUGUUUUAUUUUUGUACACUUUAAUUUUUUUUUUUUUUCAGAUAUUUUUGAAAUUGUUGUUGAAGAAGGCAGUCUCUUUGAAACCUAUGCAGUUAAUGAGAGCCCACAAGAGUUCUCACAUUUAAAACCCAAAGUUUGGAGCUGUCAGCUCUUCUAUCCAAAGACUCACUCAAAUCAUGUAAUUACUCCUUUUGUACAGAUUCCCUAUUGUAUAACUGAUAUUUGGCACUUUAAUCUGAUUAUUGAUUAUUUACAUAUAUCACUGGAUUCUUAAACUUAUUUUUGAAAAUAAAUAGUCAUUUCCUUAUUAUAGGCAUGUUAUUGGAAGUCAAUGCAAGUCAUACCCCUAACUCACAUGCAACAUUUCCUCUCAACACAGAGAGAGAGAGAGAGAGAGAGGGAGAGAGAGACAGAGAGAGAGAGAGAAAAAUAAGCAAAACAAACUCUUGUUUAAUUCCACUUUGCAAUGAGGUUAUAUUCAUUAACAUUUGCUAAUUAGGUAUGAUGAAUUAAUGAUAAUAAAUAAACGAUUUAUUAAUCUUGGUUAAUAUAUAUAUAUACAUUUCAAUACAAAUAUUAUAUAAUGUUCAUGAUAGUUCAAAUAAAGGUUUACAACUUUAUUGUAAAAAAAUAAAUAAAAAAAUGUGCAUGUACAAAUAAACCUUUACCAAGAUUACAAAAUGCUGUAAAAGUAUUAAUGUUAGUAUUAAUGUUUACUAAUAGAAACUUGUUUAAACUGGCGAUAGAAGGAUGCAACUGGCUCAAAUAAAGAGAGUUUUAUCUUCACAAAAUAUAAUUCAAUAUCAACCAAUAAGCAGGGAUAAACAACUGUGCUCCAUGCUUCAGUGAAUAAAUCAUUAAACAAUCCACAAUUUGAACACAGGGGAUUGACAUCAUAUUUGCCGAAGGAUGACAUCUGCUGCUGUCCUCAUUAGUGAGUAGGAUGAACAAUUCUUUCUCUGAGUUUAAAUCACUGCAGUGCCUGUAAAUCACUGUAUUCAGUGCCAUCAGAGGGCACAAAUGUAUCAAUAGACUGCAAACACAAUUCAGAGGGUGAAUAAAGUGUUUGGAGAGUUUAAAGGACUUGUUCCAGACAGAGAAUUAUCAAGAGUGUUAGAUCCUGUGGCUCUUCAUGGCAAAGACUCACUAACAAGGUGAUAUCAGACGCUAUCUAUU